AUGGGUAGUUCAGGAGUAGGUCACUCAUAUUCAGGUAACUAUGCGGACAUCCCCGCCGACCACUGGGCACGUUCGGGUGGUGUUACUCAACGUAGGAGGUCAUUGGAUUUGAGACCUCAGGAUCGCACUUCCUCUGAAAAUUCUGGAGCCAGAAUGUCUGUUGAUUCGAGUAAGAGUGCUGAAGCCGCGGGAGGAAUUACUCAGACUCGAAACCAGGGGCGUAUUCCGAUGAGUCUAAUUCAUGAGAGUAAUAUGGGAGUUGAUGAUGACACUGAUGACUAUCUAGUAGACCAUCCGGAGAGUGAUGGAAACCAUGAUGAUGAGGAUGAGGAUGAUGAUGAGGACGAGGACGAAGAUGAUUCCGAGGAUGACAAUGAUGACGUCGCUGAUGAUCCAGCCGACCAAGCUGAUGAAGACCGCGCUGACAAUAGUCACUUCCUUACGAUAUAUCAAACUGUGAAUGUCAGGCAGCAACGUAAUUUAAGAUGA